UUAUGCCGUAUCUGAACGGCUCCGAACAUUAUUUCUUCUGAUGAUAAACUUUAUUACUAGGAAAGAAAAAGGUUAAUCAUGGCUUCAUCACCGGAAGAAGAUGCACUUCAAACGACAGACGAAGAAUACUUGAUAUAUAAAGCUAAAGAAGCUCAGGGCAAAGAUCCAUGCGCCGCCAAGUGCUGGAUGAUAACUGCCCAGGUUCUGUUUCCUAAGAACUUCGGCAUACAGUUUGAAGUCUACCAAAUUGAGAAAGCAGCGAAGAAUGUGAAAGAGGCAGCAAAAUGCUUGGGAGUAUUGUUACGAGAGUUUGCUCCAGAACCUUUACUGUGGCGGGAAGUUGACACAAUUAUGACAGCCUUAAGGCACAGCUCACCCGAAUCACAAACUUCAUUCUUGAAUUUAUUGUUUAAUAUGCUGCCCAAAGAUGUUCAGUUAGGGAUGGUAUUGUCUGCUGCUGAGCGUUCACAAGAUAUGAUGACUCGGUGCCGGCUGAUGUUACUCCUGACAACCACAUUUCCGGAAACAACUGCUCAUCAUGGGCUGAAGUUAGUCGACAGUUUGUUAGCAGCCGAAAAACAUUGUUCUGGGCCUAUUAAUCCGUUCCGACGUAUGCUUGUUUGCGAACUGCUACCUAGACUUCUUCAAACACGUGGUUUAGAAGUACGACCAAAGACUCUCCAUAAUUUAUUAUCCAGGGCAAUUGAAUUCUACAUAGCGUAUGUAACCACACCACCUAAAGUUAUGCAGGGCAUACUAGACGGUGAUAGCAAAAUUGAAGAUCCCUGGCAACAACUUUUCUCAAUUGUUCAACUUAUUGGCUGGAAUCUUGGCUGGGACUUAUCAUCAGGAUUUGUAAGUACCAGUAACAGAGAACUCAUCUUGCAAAGAAUUCAGAGCCUUGUUGAAGGAGGGGCCCGUUUUUGUGGGCCCAAAGGGGAAGGAGGAGAAGAUGUGCGAGAAGUACUGUACACCACUCUAACCAUUUUUCUCCAUGCCCUCAUGGAUUACACCAAACGACUAUAUCCAGACUUUAACGAAGAUCCUGUUAGUGAGUGGGAAGGAUAUCAAGAGGGUAGUCUCUCAUCGAAUCCUCCUAUGACACUAGUUGAGGCAUUUGUGUCUCCUGAAGUUGACAGAGAAGAUUCAGUUAUUGUGCCUCCUAAAAGAUCCAGGCCAUCUUUAGAUGAGGAUCCCACCAUUCCAAUUAUCACAGUGAGUCGUCCCACUUCAAGUGCACCAGGUGGACAGCCAAACACUGGUUCAAUGGUGGGGUUGGCUGUCAAUGCACCAGCAGGAAUUGCAGCUGGUGGAUUGUCGCAAGCUCUUACUACUGCUAUCAAGUGUUGGGAUCUCCUUAAUUCUUAUGAACAACUUAGGGCAGAAUUUGUCCGUUUACUGGAUAGCCUGGGUACAGACCGUUGGUGGUGGUUACGGGUAUUCAGAACAGAUGUCCUGAUAUACCAGGGCAGAUUAGCGGAGGCUGCAAGAGAACUUCGUCAUACACUAACUCACCGAGGUCCACAGAUGCCUACUACUUUCAUCAGCACAAAUCUGAAACUUGCAUCAGUGUUGUAUGCUCUUAAUAGCCUCUCUAGUGCGGCUGAGGCAGUAUUAGAAGUGGUGAAUCAACUACCGGGGUGGGUGCCUGGCGUUGGUGGACUAGCCACAGAUCUGUGUGUUUCAGCAUUACCUGCCAGGCGUCAUUUGCAUGUACUGGCGCUUACUCGACCACAGUGUCUUCAGUUUGCCACCACUCUUCUUAUUCACUCUCUCCGUCAAAGAAUAUUUGUCGACAAGCACUCGGAUGAUCUCUGCAUGGGUUAUCUAAUAACCCUCCUUCAGUAUGAAUGGCCGAAAUACAUCAAUAUAUUUGAAGAAAUCUUGAUUAUAAUUAGAAAGCUUGGAGGUUUCUCUUAUCCGCUGUUCUACAGUUAUGUUACUACGCCUGAUAUCUUGGAAGAAUUCAUGUACUUAGCCAUCAAGGAUGGUGGAAGUCUACAGUUGGAUAUCAUACCUAUUAAUCAUUCCAAUAAGCAACAGCGCACAAUAUCAACCCGAGGAGUUGACAGGGACCUGAAGCAUGACUUUAAAAUGGGAAUGAAGAAACUCAUGCUGCGCAGUUCGGAGUCAGUAGAGACUAAUAUUAUCACGUUCUUGAUACGGGAGGGGUCCUUAAUUCAUCAAAAUCUCAUGUGAAGUAAAGUUUUUAAUCUAA